UGGCAGCACUUCAAAUUGGUAUUUGCUAGGUGCCUGCCAUUUUGUAGGAUAAAAGGAAGAUAAAAAAUAGUUUUAUGGUGUUAAAAUUAUACAAAACCUCUGUUGCCGUUUUAAAUAGGACCCAAAACAAAUGUUUAAAUGGACGCAUCGUCCAUUAUAACUCAGGUGUCACGGGAUGACGAACAAUUAAACAAUUAUGGAUCCGACAGAGGUGGAUCCCCUGGCGGGCAGGCGAGCGAUGGGGACGUCACGCCGGUGUCGGGCGGGACGCCGCUGGGGAGCAAGAAGUCGGGGGGCAGCGGCGGCUUCCUGCGCUCGCUGCUGUGCUGCUGGCGCGGCGGGCGUGGCAAGGGCCCGCCGGGCGGCGCGGGCGCCAGCGGCGUCGACGGCCGCGCCUCGCCCCCGCUGCUCGUCAUGUCCGACCAUGCCCCACGACCCCUCCUCCCGCCCGUCAGACAUCAGGACAUGCACAAAAAGUGUAUGGUCAUUGAUCUUGAUGAAACCUUAGUGCAUAGCUCGUUCAAGCCGAUCAACAACGCGGACUUCGUGGUGCCGGUCGAGAUCGACGGCGCGGUGCACCAGGUCUAUGUGCUGAAGCGACCUCACGUGGAUGAGUUUCUACGAAGAUGUGGGGAGCUGUAUGAGUGUGUGCUGUUUACGGCCUCCUUGGCGAAGUAUGCCGACCCUGUUGCGGAUCUGUUGGACAGAUGGGGCGUGUUCCGCGCCCGCUUAUUCCGCGACAGCUGCGUGUUCCACCGCGGGAACUACGUGAAGGACCUGAACAGCCUCGGCCGGGACCUGCGCCGCGUCGUCAUCGUGGACAACUCGCCCGCCUCCUACAUAUUCCACCCCGACAACGCGGUACCUGUCGCGUCGUGGUUCGACGACAUGACAGACUCCGAGCUGCUGGACCUGAUACCGUUCUUCGAGAAGCUGAGCAAAGUGGACAGUGUGUACACAGUGCUACGGAACUCGAACCACCCCUACAACCCCACACAGAACAACUCGCCGCCCACAUAGCGCCCGGGCAGUCGUGCCAACCCAACGAACACAUGCCCCGGACGCAGUGAUACCAACCUGACAGAAACAAACACCGGGGGGCCCGUUCCCUUCCUGCAAAAACUGAAAGAGGGAACCCGUUUCGUCAUAAGUGCCAAUUUUGCCUUCUGGAUUGUAAGGACGUUAUUUGUACCUAUUUUACAGUUUAGGUAUUUCUUAGUACGUAAGAGGAAUGUAUGAUUGUUUGUGAUUGUUCUCUCCUAAGCUUGCAGUUUUAAAUGUCUUUAUAUAGACUGUCCUCUUCGUUUUUUUAAACGAUCAGCUCUGUACAUAAUGUGACUCGACACUGAAUUGGAUUUUUUACUCGAUGCCCCGUGCAGUUGGAAGCGCAACAGCGUUUUUUGGCUUUAAAUUUAAAACUAUUCGACAAUUUUAUAUCGUGCUUGGGAUCAAGUAAAGUAAGUUAGGAUAUUACUAAUUCAUUUUAAAAGCGAUGUUUUAUUGAAAUUUUAGUAUUUACUUUCAAUAAUUGUCUUAAAAAAAUAUAUUAUCCCAAUCAAAUUAAUCUGCAAUGUAGUGCGUAGAGUAAAGCGUGAAGCAAUUUUGACGACUUAUGAAUAUAACCGUCUCUUUCACUCGAAUCUUAUCAAACUUUUGUAAGAACGAGAUAUAACUAUGUGUUCCCUUUUUCGUUAACAUUAGUCACCUUAGUAGUGCACUUGUAUGACUUGAUUUGUUACGUGAAAUGUAAGUAUAAGAAAUAUCGACUUUAACACAUAAUCACGAAUUUCGAUGUUCGACUGUAAUGUAAAAUUAAUGGUGUUCAGUACUAGCGAAAAGUGUAAAUAUUUUUUAUAUGACGACGAUUAAAACCUGAAUAAGUGGCGACUGCACAGGAACAAGAGCCAUUUAGUAGUAAUUUAUUUGUGGUAACUUAGAUUUCAAUAGCUUGCACAUGAUAAAGUAUCAUCCAUACUUUAUUUACCUGUAAAUACGUGAAUUUUACUUGUAAAAGGUUAAAAAUAUAAUUAAAUGGCUCACUUUCAGUGUAGUCACAUAUUGUAUACUGACAUCAAAAUCAAGUAUAAAAAAUAUAUUCAAACAUAAAAUUUAAGAUAGUGUACAUAAAGUAAUCUUAAAACAAAAGAGAUUUGAUGUCUGCAAUAAUCAUCUUUAUUUCCUUGGUGUUAAGAUUUCACGUAGCGACUGUUGGCAAUGAACAUCUGUUUUAUCACUGUACAAUGAUGAAGAUAAAACAGUCUAGGCGGUUUAAAAAUAAAUAAGACUUAUUGCUUUAGCAAUAGCCGCGUUUUCACACUUUAUCGAUUUCUCUAAUGUUUUUUGAACUUUAUUAUUGAAAUAGUGACAAUAAUGAGUCGAUCGCAUCAGUGUCAUAUAAGUUAAUUAUUGUUUAAUAACUUAUUAACACAGGUUAGUUAUAAGGGUCUAACAUUUUGAAUAUUUCAUAGUAUAACAUCUCAUCAUAUUCAUAAAAUGGCAUCAUUGUAGAGUACCAUUAUGUAUUGUCUUAAAUAUGAUAUCCAGCUAAAUAUGAAUAGUAGACCCUCAUAGUAUGAGCCUUGGCAUCUUCCCUAUGUAUUACUUACUGUUUAAGUAAAUAAAACCAAUACAUUGUAUGUCAUCUCAGUAUUAAUAUAGAAUUAUAGUAUUUGAUGCCAUAUACACGGAAUAUGUAAACUAGAAUCUGAAACGGUUCGCACUUUUCUAAUCCCAAUAUUUAAAGGAUACUUUUGGAUGACAAGAUUUUUGCUACUGUAGAAAAUGGACACAACAUUUAAAAGGCUAAAUUCAAAAUUAGCACACAACGUAUUUAAGAUUCGAUUUAUAAAAUUAGGUAUAAUUAAUAUUUAAAAUGGUGCUUACAGUAUUAAUUGUUUAAAUUAAGCAUUCUUCAAAAUUUCGAGUACUAACAUAAAGUAACACGCACAUUCGGCUCUAAAACCUGAAAACAAAGAGGGCAGCGGUUGUGAGACUUCGACGGAUGGAAAAAUAAGCAAUACAAAUAUAUGAACCUUAUAAAAUACUGGCAACAUGCAUAAGCCAACCGAUUUAGUUUUAAUUUUAUUUUAUAUUAGUUGCUUAGCAAAAGGUUUAUUGUUUUUCUCUAUGGUUUUUUUUAACAAUUAUCAUUCUUAUCAUUAUUUGGUAAUAGGCUUGUAAAUAAGAUUUUUAUUAACUUAAAACACGAUUUAAUAUUGAUUUAAUUACAUGGAAUCAUAAAUUUCAUAAUAUACACUGUACAUGUUAGCUUGUUAUUUAGUGACUAUUCGGAGUAUCUUCAUACUUCCAUAUUAUUUUAUUAAGUACCGAUACACUAUCGCUAGAUGUUCCCAUAUCAUUUAGGCUAAUCCAUCUAGUACUUCUUCCGAAACUAAAAUUCCGAAUUGCUCGCCAAUCAAUUAUAGUUUUUAUUCCGUAGCACCCAGGGACUAAGUAGCAUUUUCUUUGGAUAUCGAGACCUGCAAGGUUUUCCCACAGACCUUAGUAGACGGCAUUUAUUUAUAAGCAAUUAGUACGUAGAAAUAGAAUGUUAUAGUAAUAUAUACGUUGAGUUCUCUAGCCAUAAGCAUUAUGUUGUUUGAAUUAUGGUGUUUUUAAACAAUAUUUUAACAGUUGACCCGACAUUUAGAAACGUUUGUUAAUAUUGAGCGCAUUGUAGGAACGCAAUAUCUGACUUGAUAGAAUUUGAAAGGAGUAUUGUCAUAUAUGCCUUGGACAUAUACGAAUUGAGCAAUAUUGGAAUUAUAUGAAGGCUUUUCGUUGUAUUAGGUGAUGCAAUAAGGUUGAGUCUUGUCUGAAUCACCUGAUAGAGGCGUUAGUUACCAAACGUUCCUAAAAACUUAAAUAAGAUCUCCCGGUGAUUUUAUUUAAACCUAGAUACAUUUAUAAAUCAAUUUGUUGAUCCGACCUCUAGUUGUUUAGACCUAAUGUACAUUUUGUAGAAAUGCAUUCAAUGUUUAUUGUGUCGAUACAAAAUGUUUUUUUUUACUUAUUUAUCUAACAUCAUUGUAGGUAGAUGCGUUUGGAGUUUGUUGUUAAUGUAUCGUUUGCGAAGUUGAUGUAUUUUUAUAACGUUUUAACAUUGGAGAUUGAAUGCGAGUAUUGGGAUUAACUUUGUAAGCUAAAUUUUUUAAUUACGUUACGAUAACUUUUUCGAUGAGCUUAUAAUUCUGUUACGCAUGUAUGUUAGUUUUACAUUCUAUAAUGUCAUGGUGCGGGUGCCCCAUUUGCUAAUGUUAUCAAUUUGUUAUUAUGUACUACUUAUUAAAUUUACACUAGACAGUGGCAAUGUUUGAAUGUAUGAAUUCUGAAAUGGCAUAACUAACUGAGCUAAAAUAAACAUGCAUCGUUCACAUUCGUCAAUAUUUACAUUAAUCAUAAAGCGGUAUACAUAAUUAUUAUGUGGUAACUUUUUACAACACUCUUUUUAUUUGUCAUUGCGUUAAUAUUCGUUUUUAUAUAGUGAGGGAAUUUGACAGUAGUGCAAUCACUGCAAACUAUUUAUGUGGUUUGGUUUGCUUGCGCAUACGCUUGUAAAUGAAGUACAAAUCUGUUUGGCUUUCCAAUUCUAGGCAGAGAAUGAAGUUAAUAUUAUACAGUCUUCAUGAUGCCCCAAUGAUACCAUCUGUCUUCAGUCAACCAAAAGAGUAGGGUUCAUAUUUCAUGAUGCUAAAUUUAUAGCUACCGAGGAUAACAGUUCUUGUAAACUGGAUGACAAUGAGAGAGUAACAUGUUGGAAAACGUUGACAUACGCAGUGGACUAAGGUCUUUCGGCUAGAAAAUGUCAAUACCCGAAAAACGGUUGUGCUUAUGCUAAACUACAUAUCGUGUAAAAUAUCUUAUUUGUCCUUUUAUUGGGAAUCUUGCCUUUUUAGGAAAACCAAGUGUUAAUAAUUUGUGUUUUCCGUUUAUUUGAGAUGCGGCAAUAAUCUUAGGCGUCUCUUGAUGCUAUAGAGCUGUUUUAAUUUAAUUAUGGGAUAAUUGAAAUUAAAUUUAUGGAUUUUUAUUAUUAUUGUAUACUUAGCCUCCGCUUAGAUCCGUGCAAUAAUCGCUUUCGCUUUAAAUCUAUUAAACAAAAAAGGAAUUUAUAUGAUUUGUAAUUUUGAAUCGUUCAAAGGACAUGAUUGGAAGUUGAAAUACAAUGAAUUGAUACAAUAAUGGUAGUGCAUAGAUUCGUGAUGUAUUGUACAGAAUUGCAUUGUGAGCUCUUGUGGAAACUCAAUUUCCGUACGCUAUUAUAUUUUACUAAUCAGAUCUUAUAUUUCUACUUAGAUACAUUUAGAAUUAACUCUCAUUCUCUUGUAAUAAAGAUAAUUUAUUCAUAUAGAUUUUUAAAAACAAACUGAUGUGUCAGCAUCUUUUUAGCAUACAUAAAGGAAUUGUAAAGCAAAAUAUUUUACCUACAUAUUUAGUUUCCACAAAAGCACUAGACGUUAUUAUGAAGAAUUUGUACCUAACAGACGCUAGACAAGUGAAAGGACUAUAAAUACAUAUAUUUAUGAUGAUGAUGACGUAAUAACCAUGGGGUGACACUCUUGCCAUCCACGAAAAUGCCGAAAUCAAGCAAAAUCAUCCCUUAUUUAUCACUUUCAUAAGGAUUAUGUUGCGUUAUCGUGGAUGGCAAGAAAUUGGUGGCCGCGUAGCUAGGUAACAUUUACCUAUCACGAAAUUUAUAUAGUACGGUGUAAAUUUUUGAUAUGAUGUUGUACAAAAGAGACAUUUGGUAUGUUAUUUUAUAGGAAUGAAAUAAAUAGCCUUAAUAAACAAA